AUAACUUCCGGUCCUUCACUUCCGAUUUCCGUAUUUGUCAACAUUUCAGUUCAAGAAAGCAGAGAAUGUGAAAUUACCAGCCUCUUAUUUUAGAUAGUGUGAAGUAGUAGCACAUUUACAAUGGAUCUCGGUAGUCCAAUGAAAAGUGAGGAGAAAGAAAUGAGCUCGCCUCUGAAGAGGAGCCAUGAAGACAACCCACCAGACACAGAUAUAUCGCCGGUCAAGUCGUCGGGCGAAACUCCGGAAAAGGAAGGGAAGCAUUCAGAUGGUAGAUUGUCUUCGGAGUCGCCGCCAGAUAAAAAGAAGAAGGUUGAAAAUGAAGAAGAGAACACACAUAACAAACAGAAAAAAGAAAAACAAGAGGAAGAAAGACUGAAAAUGCAAGUGCUGGUGUCCAACUUCUCCGAAGACCAGCUCAACAGAUAUGAGAUGUUCAGGAGAGCUGCUUUCCCUAGAGCAGCAAUAAAAAGGCUGAUGCAGUCUAUCACAGGAUCCUCCGUCUCCCAGAACGUGGUCAUCGCCAUGUCGGGUAUUGCCAAGGUCUUUGUUGGAGAAGUUGUGGAGUCAGCACUGGACGUAACGGAGCAGUGGAAUGAUACCGGACCACUGCAACCCAGACACCUUCGAGAAGCAGUUCGCAGACUUAAAAACACUGGACUUAUUCCUUCAUCUAAGACAAAGAAAGUCUUCUUUCAGCCAUGACACAUGCAGGACCUUAUUGGUUAAUCUAUCAGGAGGAACUUCAGCCACUAUUAAGCACAUCUAGGAUGGGAUGUUAUUUCCCCCACAACUAAUGUUGAUUGUGUCUCAUAUGUGAAGUGUUCUGCUGAAACAUCAUCUUGUGUUUACAUGGUAAACUGGACAUAGUAGAGGGUGGGCCAUUAGUUUUGAGAAAAUAAAUGUAAGUAUUGAUAGAAAUUUGUGUAUUUACAAAACAAGUACACUUAAUAUUAAUUUCAAAAUUAGACCGCAAAUGAUUUUAUUUUCUCUUGGUGGGUCACCAUGGUGAGUACACAGUAAUGGAGCUCUGUGUGUGUGCAUGCGUGAGAUUGAUUGAUUGAGUUAUUGAGUGAUUGGUUGAUUGAGUUAUUGAUUGAUCCAGCUGAGUGAUGGUGGAGGCAUAGGUCGACACGGAGGAGAAUAAUCUGUUGUGGUACUUCAGGAUACCUCAGGUGCGUGUGUAUGGAGUGCAUGUGUAGAUCCAGCUGAGUGAUGGUGGAGGCGUACGGUCUACAUGGAGGAGAGCAAGCUAUUGUGUUACAUCAGGUUACUUCAGGUGCAUGUGUAUGGCGUGCGUAGAUACAGUUCAGUGAUGGUGGAGGCGUACGGUCUACAUGGAGGAGAAUAAGCUAUUGUGUUACAUCAGGUUACUUCAGGUGCGUGUGUAUGGCAUGCGUAGAUACAGUUCAGUGAUGGUGGAGGCGUACGGUCUACAUGGAGGAGAAUAAGUUGUUGUGUUACUUCAGGAUACUUCAGGUGCGUGUGUAUGGCGUGCAUGCGUCGAUCCAGUUCAGUGAUGGGGAGGUGUACGGUCUACAUGGAGGAGAAUAAGCUGUUGUGUUACUUCAGCUACUGGACAUUCUGGAAACAAACAUUGUUAGGUUGGUGAAAGUCUUCUGGAAAUGUAUUGUUGUUUUGUCCAGAAUAAACUGACUUGUGACAACA